GAGAGAGGGGAGGGAACGUGAGGAUAAAAGGAGACGACAGCAGUGCGGAGGCAGCACGCAAAGUUAACCACCAUCGAGUCUCGGUCCGCCGAGCGGUGCAGAGCGGCCCCUGGUGGGGCACGAGAGCUUCCGGGGGCGCGGGUCGAGGGCGGUGGAGGCGGUGCGGCUGCAAAACGGCCAUGGAACAGCCGGAUGAGCCACUCAGAGAGUGGGAUGGAGAUGGGGACACAGCGCCUGGCGGCCACCAAGGCACCAUGGAGACCCCUGAGGUGGACACCCCUGACAGCCUGAUAACAUCCCCACUGCCUCCACCAUCCCUGGAACUGGACUGGGCCUGGGGGCUUCCCCCCACAUCCCCUCCAAGCGCUCGGAAGCCCUACAAGUGCACCGAGUGUGGCAAAGCUUUUGGGCAGAGCUCACACCUGAUGCGACACCUGGGCACCCACACGGGUGAGAAGCCCUACAAGUGCAGUGCCUGCACCAAGAGCUUCACCCAGAACUCCAACCUGCUCCAGCACCAACGCACCCACACUGGUGAAAAACCCUAUGAGUGCAGUGCCUGCGGCAAACGCUUUGGCUGGAGCUCCAACCUCAGCCAGCACCUCCGCCUUCACAGCGGCCAGAAACCCUUCCAGUGCACCCAGUGUGACAAAUGUUUCAGCGAGAGCUCCCGUCUGGUGGAACACCAGCGCACCCACACUGGUGAGAAGCCCUACCUCUGCCCCGAUUGCCCCAAAACCUUCAGCCGUAGUUCCCACCUCAUCCGUCACCGCCGCCUCCAUGCUGCUGAGCAGGGACCCAGCCCUGCCCUGGCUGUGCAGCAGGGGCUCUGAGGGACUCCCUGGGGGGAC